CAGAAUUCAGCCCACAACAGGGUUUGUGGAGCUAAUUGUGACUCAUCGCAUAUGGUCUACAUGUAAAAGAGGACCCCAAGGGAGCAGAUUUCAAAUGAUGGAACUCUGGGCUUCGAGUGGUGGAAUUCUAGUUUUCAAAGCAGCCCCUAGGAGUGGCAAAGGCCCACCCUGCAGUUCCUAAUAAUGGCACCUCCAAGGUGUGCUGCCCUCUGCCAAAGGGGCCCUAGCAACUGGUAGAAUGUGGGUUAUUGUGAGGGCAGGGGAUUGUGAUGGUGGCCAGGCUGUAGAAUCUGGUGAGGCCAAAUGUGAGUCCCUCAAAAGAUGUCCUUUGGUCCCAAUUGGCAGCAUUGCGGAUCUCAGGAUGACAACAGAAGCCAGGGAGAUGAUGGAAGCCCGGGGGGCGGGAGAAAGCUGCCCAACCUUCCCCAAGAUGGUGCCUGAUGACCCCAUGUCUGAAGGGAAGUUCAGGGCUGCUUUGGAGGCAGAGUCCCCUAAGCCAGACUCCUCCUCUGACUACCUGGAGGAGAUGGAAACUUGUGAAGACAAAGGCUGCUCAGGGUCACCCAAAUCACUGUCCUCCAAGACUGGCUCCACCACCAAGGGCCAGGCGGGCGAUGGACCUGAAUUCUUCUCAGAGCGGCCCAUGACCCUGGGGAACCCAGGAAUUGAGCUCAGUGCUGAGAUGGAGCUGGAGAAGGUGCGCAUGGAGUUUGAGCUCACACGGCUCAGGUACCUGCACCAAGAGAAUGAGCGGCAGCGGCAGCACGAGGAGGUGAUGGAGCAGCUGCAGCAGCAGGCACGGCCCCGCCUGUUCUCGGGAAGCUUCCAGGACCUCCUGCACCCCCAGAACCAGUUUGCCAUGUUCCUGUACUGCUUCAUCUUCAUACACAUAAUCUAUGUCACCAAGGAGAUGAUCUUCUUCCUCUUCUCCAAGCACUACCUGUUCUGCAUCGCGGCCAUCUUGCUCUGUUUGAUUAAAACUUUGUGGUCAUACUUCUAA